AUGACAAAAGUUGGAGGAUUAGGUGCUACUCAUCAAGCUGAUAAAACAGUUGAAGAUAUUGUAAAUGCUGUUAAACCUUCAAUUCAAAGUAAACUUGGAACCAAUAUUUCUAAUCUAAAGGUUAUUAGCUACAAAACUCAACUUGUAAAUGGUACAAAUUAUUUUGUUAAAGUAAGAACUGAAAAUGGUUAUGCUCAUCUUAGAAUUUAUAAACCAUUUUCUGGUGCUGCUUCUUUAGUUUCAGUUCAAGAUGGUAAAGCAAAAGAUGAUGAAAUUACUUAUUUUUAA